AUGUAUGGAGGGGCUUUUGUCCCAAGGCUGGUGCUGCUUCUGCUACAAGUGCCAAACAUGGUGUGGCAAGUGCAUCCUAUGAAGUGCUCUGGAAAUAGGACCUCAUCCAUCCCACAUGAGUGGUACGAGCUAGGCAAUCUCCUCAUUGGUGAGAUGGCAUCUCAUAUCCAUUACUUCCCUCCAAACCUGUGGUUCAUCACGCAUCCUUCUCAGCAGCAGUCAAAAUUCCCAAUGGUGGUGACCAAGUUCUACCAGCACAUCCUGGCUUUGGUCUUUGCCAUUGAUGAGAUCAAUGAGAAUCCCAAGAUCUUGCCCAAUGUCACUCUGGGCUUCCACAUCUAUGAAAGCUACACCGAUUCAAGGAUGACCUACCACUCCACUUUGGACUUGCUCUUCAAUUCACGUCAGUUUGUCCCAAACUACAAAUGUGGCAUUCAGGACUAUGUAAUAGGCAUGCUCCACUCAGAGAUUCAGGGGAUCUCAUUCAACAACAGUGCAGGAGAUGAAAUUACCUUUAAUGAAGAUGGAGAAUUGGAAGGGGGAUUUGAUCUUACCAACUUGGUCACUUUUCCAAAUCAGUCCUAUGACAGAAUCAAGGUGCCACCCCUUUCUCUGUGCAAUGACAUAUGCCAGCCUGGCUUCAGCAAGAAAAAGAAGGAGGGGAAGAAAUUUUGCUGCUAUGAUUGUGCACCAUGUCCAGAUGGGCUCUUCUCAAACCAGAGUGGUAUGAACAAUUGUGUCAAUUGUCCAGAUGAUCAGUAUACGAACAAGUGGAAGGAUCAAUGCAUCCCUAAGAUGCCAAACUUCCUGGAUUUUGGAGAUUCUUUGGGCAUCAUUUCAACUUCUUCAGGGCUUCUAUUGACUCUGACCACAGUUCUGGUGCUUGGCAUAUUCAUUAAGCAUCGAAACUCUGCCAUCGUCAAGGCAAACAACCGAAGCCUCACCUACAUUCUCCUCCUCUCCCUCCUCCUCUGCUUCCUCUGCUCCUUGCUUUUCAUUGGGAAGCCUUCCACAAUCUCCUGCCUUCUUCGACAAACCACGUUUGGCAUCGUGUUCUCUGUAUCACUUUCUACCAUCUUGGCAAAAACAGUGUCUGUGGUGCUGGCCUUCAUGGCUACCAAACCAGGAUCCCAAAUGAGGAAGUGGGUGGGGAGAAGACUCGCCUAUGCCAUUGUGCUCUCUUGCUCCAAUAUUCAAGCAGGCAUCUGUGCUCUCUGGCUCAUGACUUAUCCCCCAUUCCCAGAUUCGGACAGGCUCUCCAUGUCUACAGAAAUUAUUCUGCUAUGCAAUGAGGCCUGUGUCCUUAUAUUCUAUUGUGUCUUGGCCUACAUGGGUCUGCUGGCUGGUGUCAGCUUUGCUGUGGCCUUCCUGGCCAGGAGGUUGCCUGACAGCUUCAAUGAGGCCAAGUACAUCACCUUCAGCAUGCUGGUCUUCUUCAGUGUGUGGGUCUCCUUUGUCCCAACCUACCUCAGCACAAGAGGAAAGUCCAUGGUGUCCGUGGAGAUCUUCUCCAUCUUGGCCUCCAGCGCUGGCUUACUGGGCUGCAUAUUCUUUCCCAAAUGCUACAUUAUUAUGCUGAGACCUGAGCUGAACACCAGAGAGCAGCUAAUGCAAAGAAAGAUCUAA